CAACAAAAGUACGUCCACUUGAAUACUUUAGAUGACUUGUAAAUUUUUCAGGUAUUGCGUGUACGACGAAACAAUUCAGGUCGCUCAAUUCCCGAGCAAAUGAGUGCAUUCAAGAAGUUUAUUCACUCUCUUACGGGGUCAUUCAAAAAUUGCUCGAUGAAAUACGACCACACGCGGCUUGCUUGUAUUCGAUGGUUGAGAGCAUUGCAACAUUAGAUUUGCUGUUGAGCUUCACAAAUCUUGUGGCGCUAUCACCAGCUGACCAACCAUGUUUGAUUCGAGCCAUCAAGCAUAUCAUCUAACUUUGUGUAGAUACGUGUCCUGAUGUUAAUGAGUAUGGAAGCAUCACAAUCAAACAAGGGCGCCAUCCACUCAUCGAAAACAUGAUGCAAGACCAACCGUUUGUUCCGAAUGAUACGCAUUUGGAUCUCGUGGUGAACUUCAAUGUUGUUACUGGGCCAAACUGCAGCGGGAAGUCAACGUAUUUGAAAACUGUUGCUGUGAUCACUAUCCUUGCCCACAUUGGCUGUUAUGUUCCUGCACUGGAGGCAAGUAUUUCCUUGCGCGAUCGUGUAUUUACAAGAUUUGGAACGUCCGAUGACAUGCAAGAAAACUCGAGCACCUUCACGGUUGAAAUGCAAGAGAUGGCAUUCAUCCUGGACAACUGCACAAGUCGUUCGUUGGUGCUGGUGGACGAAUUGGGCAGGGGAACAUCGAAUGAAGAAGGGUUUGCAAUCGCGUGGAGUGUGUCAGAAUCACUGAUGAAGAAUGGAGCCUUUUGUCUCUUUGCAACUCAUUUUCAUGGUUUGAGAGAGUUGACCAAGUUGUAUCCGAGUUGCCGCAAUUUCCACUUACAAGCAUCGACAACGGGCAAGGAGAUUCUGCAUUUUCAAUAUAAGCUUAAAGGCGGGCCAACAGAACUCCGACAUGGGUAUGGUUUGCAAAUGGCCAUUGUGUGCGGACUGCCCAAGGCAUUGUGCGAAUUGGCCAAAUACCUCCAUCCCACGAUUGUGCAACGAGAAGAAAAUAUCGUGGCGAACCAAGGUGACGACUCGAGUGAUUUCCAGCAUAUGCUGUUGCAGGGUUUGAUGGCGCUGCGUUACUCAAACUUGGAGGAUAAAGGUGAGGCGAUCCCUUAAACGCACCCCUUACAUCCCAUUGCACGUGCUUUAGAUCUUCGUAUGAACCUCCAGCAUCUUCGCAAUCAAUUCACGAUGGAGUAAGGGUGCAUGAAUGGAUGUCUUGUGCCGUACAAACGUGCACCAAGAACACGCUGUCAGGUUUGGAUGUUGUAUUGAAUGCCUUGCAAGACAAUGCUGUCAAGGAACACCUUGCACAGUGAAAUGGAAUUAAGAGACUGCUCUUCCUCGCAACAGUGGGGUUUCUACGGUCA